GUAUCUAUUUCUGUUUGAUUCGCUCUGAGAAAUCAAUCAAUGUUGUUUAUUACUAAUGAUGCACAGGUGAUGUGAUCCUCUUUACGUUCACGGCUUAUGUCAAAGGGUGGAGUCUGUUUACUCCCCCGUCCUUUCUGGAAAUAUCCGAAAGCAAAACAUCAAUAUUACGUCACAAGGAGAUUCCUUGUCAGGUCGUUCCAUCAGCCGUGACAUACUUUGGUUGAAAUAGACUACCAGCCGCUUUACUGCACAAAUACAUAAAAAUUGUUUAAAAUCAAAACCAGUCUAUUGAUCGAGAGAGGUAGACGGUUUUAUCUGCCGAUCUAACAAUGGAAAGAUACGGUGACCCUAAGGUUUCGCCACAGCCCGGUGAGAUAUUUUUAUAAGGUGUGAUUCAUGGGAAGUUUGUAUGAGUCGGCUGCCCUGGAAUGAUUGACAAUCCGAGCGUGCGCUAAGGUAUCGAUUCGCAGUACGCUAUUCUUUGGAGCAGACGUCAGAUUCGCAUGGAGCAUGUUCGUGUCUGCGUCUAAUUAAUAGGCAUGAUGUGAGUACCUUGUUCGACGUGAUGAAUAUAUUGGAUCUUUAUCACUAGCGAUAUGGUGGUAGUAUUUUUAUUUGGCUAGUGCCCCUUACAUUGUGGAGCUUGAGAGUAACUGUGUUCAGUUCAACGAGUUUUUGUUGUUGUGUGAAACAGCUGGUUCGCAGUUUGUUCUAAAGGUUCAUAGUUUGUGUUCUUUCUGUUCGGAUUAAUGUUUCAUUUGGUUAAGGGUAAGCGUUUUCCACGUACUUCGGAUAAGGUUUAUUUUUAUCUGAUAAGGUAAUGUAACAUUUAGUGGAAGCGUUCUAAUUCAUCAUGUCAGACGCGUGGAUGCUAGCAUGUAAUAGAUCACAAGCGGCGUCUCUUGUAGUUUACCCAAAGUGUAAUUAUGUAAUAGUAAACUAAUUUUAUUUCCGGUGUUGUGGUUGAUUCAAAUGUGUUGCCCUCCUUAGAAUUGUUCAUUGUAAGAAACAUGAAACUUUAUUUAAAGUGAAACGUUUUUAUAACAAUGGAGACAAUUCUUUUUCUUCAUGAGUCAGCGGAAUGAUAACGCUGAGGUUUAUGUUAAGACUUUUAACAGUAAGACUCUGUUUGGUCACAUCUGCUGGCCACAGACGUUUAUCAUCAGAUAGACACACAUGUUUGUGUUGACCUGAAUACCGCAGUUUCAUAUUCUGUUAGCUAACCAUGGUUCUGGUGGACGGUAAUAAAAAUGUAAACAUGAAGGCCUCCUGUUCCGAUGGCGAUUUGUCUCUGGCCAAACAGGCCUAUGGCCUGGGGUCAUCCCCGGGGAACAACAGGGACAGCGGAGUCGGGGCCUCAACAGCGUCGGACAUUGAAGGUGUGGGCACUACGUGUUCAAGCUAUGACAAUGUGAUGACGUAUGGCUCGUCUACGGCUCUAGGGACGGGGUGUAAAAAAACAAAGAAACCCCCGGUGCCCUUGCCUAAAACUGUGUCCAGGAAACCUAAAACUGUCAAUUUUAAAGAAGACGUGAAUAUUGUUCUCUCCGAGGCCAGAUCUAUUAUGCAAACUGUUAUUGAGGAAAUGGACAAUAAAGUCAGAGCGCCCAAAGCAGAGCAACAAGCUAGCCACAUUGUUAGUGACUCAGAAAAUGAGGCGAUUGUUAAGACCCAAAAUGAAACUGAGAAAAUGGAAACUAAAUUCCCUAAUUCGUUCGUGGCCACGAAACGGACAGUCAAUCUCCCGAGGUCACAGACCGCGCCCCAGACUUUUGGCCACCAUGCUCACCAGUCCUCUGUGCUUUCCAACGCCUCCACUGACUCUGGCUCCAGUUCAGUAGCAUCUGUGUUAUGUGACUCUGAAGAUGCCGUGACGUCAUUUCAAUCCACUGACAACAGUAUUGAUCACUUGGUCAUUAACGGGCGCCAGCCUUUCAGGUCAUCGGUCUGCUCCAAUACGUCCUCUGCUUCUUCCCAUUCGUCCAAGUCGUCGGUUACGUCACCGCUGCUCAUCAAGACGACGCCUGAGCCCUGCAAAGUGGACUCGCCCAUGUUAUUGUCUCCAUCCACGUCUUCACUGUCGUCGUCCUCGUCACACCAUGCGGUGGAAGUAGAGAAACAACCACAGCCCGUACCCAAGGUACCGGAGUACAAUUCCGUUGGAGCCACUUCGUGCGACAAAUGCCCUGAGGGAAAGUGCCGGACUGUGUACCUUCACAUAGCAGAGCUUCCAUUUGGCUGGGAAAAAGUUGAAGAUCCUCAUUAUGGCGUUUAUUAUAUUGACCAUGUAAAUAGAAAAACUCAGUAUGAGAACCCAGUGCAGACAGCCAAGAAACAAACAGAUGAGGUGACUAACACUUACCCUCGCCUAAAAAAGCCAAUUGAAGCUGGGACUAAGAGGUCAGCUAGUGAAAACAACAUGAACGGCCAGCUCUAUACUGGUGGUCGACCAUUUUUUACUAAAAACCCUGAUGAGCUAAAAGGGGAGUUCACUAAGACAGCACUUGUUAAGUCAACCAGAGGACUUGGAUUUACAAUUGUUGGCGGCAACUUCAGGGACACACAGUUUUUACAGAUCAAAAAUGUGGUAGAACAUGGACCUGCUUAUCAAAGUGGCAACUUUAGAACUGGAGAUGUUAUUGUUAGGGUGAACAAUACUUGCGUGUUAGGUUACACACAUCAAGAUGUUGUUAGACUUUUUCAGUCUAUUCAACCUGGUGAAACGGUGCAGCUGGAGACCUGUCGGGGUUACCCUUUGAACUUUGACCCAGAUGACCCCAACACAGAAAUAGUGACUACAGUGGCAGUGACUCUACCUCAGGAUGCUGGCACAUCCCAUACGUCCUCCACAUCUGGUAACAAUGGCUUUGUGGAGUCCAGGAACUAUAACAACUUGCGGUCAGGGAUGAAAUCCCUACCAGAUUUGGCCAGGUCUGCAGCUGGACCAGGCCUGAAUUCUACUUCAAGUCUUUCCCCCUCCAACAGCCAGGAUGAGGGGACGAUGCACGGAAUGAUAAACCAUGAAGAUGGCAAUGCCAUACCUGACCUGGUUUCUCUGUCCUUAAGCAAGCCAGAAAUUCUGACAAUACCAAUAGUCAAAGGCCCCAUGGGUUUUGGGUUCACCAUAGCAGACAGCCCCUAUGGUCAGAGAGUGAAACAAAUCCUUGACCAAGGUCGGUGUAAGACAUUAUUGGAAGGGGACUUGCUGAUUCAGAUCAACUCUGUGAUGGUUAGAGAGCUACCACACCAGAAGACAGUUCAGGUACUCAAAGAAUGUAAGCAAGAUCAAGAGACCAUGAUUGUAGUACAACGAGGUGGCAUUCCUCCUCCAGGCAAAGGGAAAAAACAUGUUAAAGUGUCUGGAAGUUUUGAUGACAGGCCUUCAGAAAGCAUCAAUGGCCCUUCAUCGCCUGGAGCCUACUUUUUUCAGAACAACCCUAAUCCAAACUUCAACGAACAACUGGAAGACAGCUAUGUUACCUUCAAUGGUGGUGCUGAUCAUGAGAACGGAGACUCUUUACCGCCGCCACCACCCCCACUGGAUGAAGUUGAUGAGGAUCCAGAUGAUAUUGAUGGCACUAGACAGCAAGGUAAAAAUCUUAACCAGCGACCCAAAACUCCAUUGGACGGACGGUCCAAGACUCCAGUCAUGAACAGCAAGUUGGGCAGCUCAAGACAAGGCUAUAUGGACAUGCAGCAGGGUAGAAGAGAUUACCAGGAGGUUCAAGACCUGAAUAAAUACAACAGUAACCAUUCCCGACCAGAUAUUGAUGGCAGGCCUCCUCCUGGCCCUAACAGGCCUGAUUUGGCUCAGCGGUAUGACUCAAGAUUACGAGGCACUGAUCCCAGAGAUCCAUUCCAAAGGUCAUACUCUUCAUCUGUAGCUCAUUCUAUGCAAAACAACAUUGGGGCAGGAGAUGAGAAAUGGGGUGGCUAUGGCCGGGAUGUAAAGCCAGGUCAGUUUCGCAGCAGAACACCAGGGCCUGAACUUAUGGCACGAGGUGGAGCCGGACCUGAUAACCUAAACAGCAGACCAGAAAUCAGUCGGCCAAAGACCCCUACAGCUGCAGAUAUGCGCAGCAAUGGAAAACUGCCAAUGUCCAGCCACUCGUAUGGGGCUGGUGACUUUAGAACUAGUGGUCGCUACACUCCCAACCCUUCUUCAGAACAAGGACGGCAGUACAGGCCACCCUACCAAGAUUACAAAAGCAACUGGCCUGAUUUCUCUUCUCCUCCACCUCAAAGAAGGUUUGGUACUUUUGAAAAUCCUUCUUUGAAUAGGAGCUAUGCUGGGGAGCUACCACGGGCACCUACUUUCCAAAACACCUCAGGACCCAACAGAAUGUUACGCCAGAGCACAUCAUUUGAGAGUGAGAACCCUGCGCCUAGUAACAUUACCAGAGUACAACGCAGGCCACCCCCACAUCCAGCGUACCCUAAUCUAUCACCUCGAUCACAAAGCAGGGGUAUACCUGAAGAAGAAGGGCAGAUUAUGGAAAUGCUAGUUACUCUACAUAGACAAGAAAGUGGCUAUGGUUUUCGUAUUAUUGGAGGAACAGAGGAAGGCUCACAGGUUUCAGUUGGACACAUUGUGCCUGGGGGAGCUGCAGACUUAGAUGGACGCUUGAGGCAGUUUGAUGAGAUCACACAUGUGGAUGGCAACAGUGUGGUCAAUGCCUCCCACCACAAGGUAGUUCACCUUAUGACCAAUGCUGCUCUCAAUGGCAGAGUCACUCUUACUAUAAGGAGAGUUCUUGGACCAGAGACCAGUGCCUCUCAGGGCAGUGUGCCCCAGUACCCUUAUGAUGUAGUUGUGUCACGCAGGGAGAAUGAAGGAUUUGGUUUUGUCAUCAUUUCAUCCGUCAACAAGUCAGGAGCUAGUGUUGAUGAAUAUAUAGAUGGCACAGACAAUUCUUCCUCUCAGGCAGUUGUCUGCCCUUGGAUCGGUCACAUCCAAGAAAACAGCCCUGCUGCUCGGUGUGGUCGACUUCAUGUGGGGGAUAGAAUUUUAGCAGUGAAUGGUGUGGACACAUCUAACAUGAGACACAAGGAUGUUGUUAGCCUUAUCAAAGAUUCUGGAUUCUCAGUAGCCCUAACGAUAGGUCCUCCUCCAGAUGAUAGUUCAAGCACAGCAUCUCAGAGAAGUUCUGCAGGGUCUGCCUUGAACACACCUCCAUAUGCAUCUGACAGACCAGAUAUGAACAUACAGUCAUGGGAAAGAAAUCAACCAGGAAUUAGAGAUAUUAACAGGCCAAGAACUCCUAGCAACCAGGGCUCUGAUGACAGUGGUGAGAUUUAUCAGGUAGAAUUACAUAGAGGCUCUCGUGGAUUCGGAUUCUCUAUCCGGGGAGGCAGAGAGUUCAAUGCCAUGCCCUUGUUUGUCUUGCGCAUCGCUGAAGGAGGAGCUGCAGACAUGGAUGGACGCCUAAGAGUCGGGGAUCAAAUCCUGGAAAUAAAUAACUUCAAUACAGAUAGCAUGACCCACACUGAGGCCAUAGAGAUAAUCCAGAAUGGUGGUCCAAGUGUUCGGCUGUUGAUGAGGAGAACAAACAAACCUCCACCAAUUUUUGAUGGCCCACCUGCAUCACCCACUGGUCUAGUUCCACCUUCUCUGUUGAACCCAAAUAUUCCAGCACUCUCCAAUGGGCCCAUCAGUCACAGUUCACCUCACUUGACCAGGAGACAGAUGCAGCAGCAGCCUUUGCCUCCCCCUCCUCCAGAGCUCCAGCACCCAAAUGACUUCUUCCAUUACAACUCAUCUCUCCCACCACCCCCACAGACAUCGUUAAUGCCAUCACAGCAACAGCAGCACCUGCGCUUCAAUAACUAUUAAACAUUGGAAUGGAACUCAAGUGGUAACCAACAGGAACACUGUAGUCUCAAUAGCUAAGUCUGACUUUAGGAGUACAAGUUCCACAACAUAUAUUAUUAUGCUGAAAUGUUCUACUUUUUUUAUUGUUAGCUGAUAUUGCUCUGUUUUGGAAAGAUCCUAGAAUCUUUCAAUGACUUUUGAUAGUGUUAGUGCCUCUAGCAGUACAACAUCUAUAGCAGUCAACAUGUUAAUGAACAUGAUAUUACUUUUGUCUUUGUUACUUUGUACAUAGUCAUUCAUUACUUGACGUGAUAACUACAACACAGUUUUGAAUGUAUAUAAUAAAAAAAUAAAUAAUAUAUAAAUGUGUCUUAACACUCUUCCAUUGAUUAACACUAUUUAUACAAGCAUUUAAAAACUUUUCUUUGAUGAUGUAUGUAAUCAAAACAUUAAGCCAGUGAACCUGUAAAUAGACCUACUUGGCAGUCUGGAUCAACAUGUACAUAAGGAGAACAACAUAUGGAAACUUGGACACAAUUGCUUCUAUGCAUUUUAGCUUUGUUGUUAACUGUUUCUUGUACAUAGUUUUUUUUUUUUUUAACUUAUAGUAAUGCUUGAUGGAGAAGGACAAGAUUUUAAUCCUCAUUCUUUCAUUGAACCCAUGCUAGCAAUCAUAAGUUACUUUGUCAUAGUGCUUGAAAAGAUAUUUACUCUAGACUUUGUUUAGUUCUAUACCAUAGUUUCUGUAUCCUAGAAGUCCUGCAUGCUUUGGUGGUAGCAUUUGAAAUAAAUAGCAGUACUGUUAAAGGUGUUUUACUAGUCUCAAGUAAACAUAAUGGAGUUUUUUCCAGUUGGUAAAUAUUUUUUUUUAGUAUAGUCAAGUUCAGUUUUAGAAACAUUGAGGGGGGAAUGGGUUUCAGUGUAUGAUUAGGUCAAAUGAUAUGCUUUCUUAACAUGUACAUUAAUGAAAAGUAAAUAGAUUUCCAUUUUGAAACAAAAUAAUGGAAUAGACUGGUAAAACAAAAAGAGACAGACAUAAGACUAACAUUUGACAACGGUAUCUUAUAGUCAUCCCAACUGGAAAUUAACUAAAAAAAUACUGUAAAACUCACUGAUAUAUAAAUACUAUGUAGGAAUGAAGUUUUAGUACAUUUAUUUGUACUGUUGAAAUUAAAAUCAUCCAAUAGUGGGUUAAGUAUUUGAUGUUUUUGUAUUAAAGACUUGUAACACUUAAUGCAAGCCUAAUUUAUUCCUUCUAUUUUUGCAACGUCUGAAAGCAAUAUGUGAUGAACUGUUAUGAUUCAGUCACUGUGUGUUGUGGUGACCCCCCCACACAAACUAUGCACUACAGCUACAGGCUUCUCCAAAGGCAUAAUUCUGUGAUAGCUUUUUUGUGCUGAAGAACAAUGGUAGACUGGUAUUACUUAAAACAUAUUUACAUUACUUCAUUUGUGAAGUUCUUUUACAAUAGACUAAAUGACUUUCCUUUGUUUAAUAAGCUCCUUAUUUUAUGACACAGUGACUUGUCAGUUUUAAUGGUUGUUUUAUUUAUCAGUUUAUUGUUAUUUGGUUUUUAUUUUUUAAUUAUUAGUUACAUUCUUCAAAUACUGGACAGCUUCAUAUUGUUCAGUAGUAAGUCCAGUAUCUGCUUCAAAGUAAAUAGGAAAAAAAAACGCUACCUUUUAUAACAAACAAACCAUAUUGCUGUUUGUUUGUUGUUUUUUUUUUUUUGUUUUUUUUUAAUUUAUGUUUCUAUUUGAAUGAAGUGCUAAAGACAUAAUUUGUACAUGGAAAGAUCUGUGAAUGUAAAAAUUUUAAAUCUCAUUAACUAGUGUCUGAAAAUGUGCAGAGCAUUUCAGAUUGCAUGCUUCCUGAUAAGCAUUUUCUACAUUUUUAUGUUCUCCCUUCCAAUUAAUUUCUUCACCACCAUUUCAAUUAUUUUAGCUCUUUAUUUUUAGUUACCCAAGAUAUUUGCAGAUAAAAAGAAAGUGUAUGUAACAAUGAAAAUUUUACCUGUGUUGAGAAUCCAGUUGGUUUAUUUAUCACACACACACACACUAAAGUAAAUUUUAGCCUUUUUUAUUUUAAUCAAGUGCCAAAACAUCUUUUGUUUUUAACUUACCUAUAUGAAUAUAUUUUGGAUGUGACUAAGUAUUUUGGAUCACUUAAAUACACACUUAAACAAUCUUUAGUAUGUUAUACAUUUUAAGAAAUUGAAAUAUUAUACGCCAGUAUGUUAUUUUUCAAUUAACUGUCAAAUUUUUAUACAAAUUUCAUUUGUUUUUCUGUACCAGAAACUUGAGUCCUAACUAUCUGUACACCUUUAAUCAAAUUUUUGUUUGAGCAGACAGUGAUACUAUUGACUCAUUUGUAUUCUUACUACAUUCGGAGGUUGUUAUUUUUUAUAGUUCACUUUUUCUAACAUUAAUUUAGGAAGUUAUUGGUUGUGAAGAAAUCUCUAAAGUUGUGCUGAGUCAAUUGCAAGUUUCCUCCCUUGUGCUUUGGACACCAUUGUCUUAGUAUCAGUGGUCACUGAUAAGGCUUUGUACUUAACUAUCAGCUUUUUUUUUUUUUUAAAUUCCUGUGUUGUGUUAAUCAGUUGAUUUCUGUUGUACAUUAUAUGUUCUGUUUAGUUUGUCUACUAUAUCAAAGACUUAAAACAUGAAUCAAAACCAUGAAUAACCCCUCUGAGCAUAUUCAGUACUAUUUAUGUUGAUGCCUGAGACAGAAGUCAAGAAGAGGACUAAAUUUGAUUUGUUGACAGUGUACAGUUUUAAAGUAUCUCUCCCAAUCUCUCCCACAGCUACUCUUCCCUUCUUACUAUUACAUUGCUUGUAUAUACAUUGUUCACACUAUCACAAGUGAAACAAACCAUAAACAUAAACAAAAAACUUGUU